ACCAGAAAUUCAGACCUCAAAAUCACCACUAAUGGCCAUUCUCUAUGUCUUCCGAUUCAUCUUCAUAUUCCUAAGCAAUCUUCACAGGAUAAAUUCAAGUACUUGCAAAUUGAAUUUUAGCCAAUUCCCAUAUGAAGCACAGAGUGAGUGCUUUGUCAUAGCUGCAAACUCUGUCCCAUCUUCUGUAACGAAGGCAUGCUGCAGCUCAGCCCUCCAAUCUCUCUUCAAAGCAAUGGCAAUAGAAGCCAACCACUCUGGGUCCAUAUUCCUCCAGUUGGCUGAAGCCAAAGAUUGUAGUAACACAUUCCAAAAUCUUCACCGGAGUUCAAAUCUUGCUAAAUGUGAACUCCAAGAUCUAAUAUCUUCUUCAACAGCAGAACUAUGCUCAAGUACCAUUGAUUCAAUCAUAAGUUUUCUUGGGAUCGAGAGAUAUAACGCCUUCCGAUCAAAUUGUACAAACUUAUAUGCUGGUAAUUAUAGUGAUGAGACAUGUUUUAAUUGUGUCAUGUCUUAUAGGCAGUCAUUACAAGCUCUAAGAAAAGGUGAUAGUUCAAAUGGCAAUAGGUGUAAUGAAGCUCUCCUUGUUAGUCUUGCAAGCUCAGAUGUGGAUUCCCAGAACUGGGUUCAGGGAACUUUUUCUUGUUUAUGGAAUGAAAUAGGUAAGAUUUCCCAGUUUUCAUUUAUGGAACAUAUUCCCUUUCAUUGCUUAGUUUGAAUGUUUUUGUUCCCUUGUGUUUCAGAGUUUUCAUGACCUACACAAACUCAUAGAAUAGGUGAGUGAACAGAAA